AUGUGUGCGUGGAGUCACUGUGCACUUAACUGCCGCACUUGCCGCUCGACAGCACCGCAUUCACAGCACCAGCAGCAGCAGCAAAAGCAGCAGCAGCAACAGCACCAGAACCAGCAGCAGCAGCAGCAGCAGCAAAAGUACCAGCACUGCCACCACCACCAGCAGCACCACCAGCAGCACCACGAGCAGCAGCACCAGCAGCACCAGCAGCACCAGCAACACCAGCAGCAACACCAGCAGCAGCCGCAGCAGCAGCAGUCAGCUGCAGCAGCAGCAGCAGCAGCAGCAGCAGCAGCAGCAGCAGCAGCAGCAGCAGCAGCAGCAGCAGCACCAGCACCAGCAGCCGCAGCAGCAGCAGCAGCCGCAGCAGCAGCCGCAGCAGCAGCAGCAGCAGCAGCAGCAGCAGCAGCAGGAGCUGACGAGUUUGAGGGAGAGCUGGGCCUUGACGAGGCAGGGAAGAGUGCCAGUUUUGAGUUCCGCCAGCAGCGAGAGAAGUCUGCUGCUGCUGAGGCUGUCUCCGAGGAAGACAUCGAAGGAAGGCAGCAGCAGCAGCAAGUUGUUGGGGUGUAUCGACAGGUGAGACCCCACACCCCCGCACAACGCAUGCACCUGCAGCAGCGACUGCAGCAGGUGCGACACCAGGUCCAGCACUGCGCAAAUAAACCCCAAACCCCAAACCCUAAACCCUAA